AUGUCUGAUAGCAACUUUACCAAAGACAUAGCCGUCGCAACAGCAUCAGGGAGAGAUGGGCACACCACGUCGCCGUCCACCAAGUCGCACACUUCAGACAAGUCUCGCGUCAUCGAAGACAUCGAAACCGCAGAUGAUCGCAUCUCCCUUUCAUCAGUCUCGACGCGAUCUGACUCCAUCAAUUCGGUAGCAGAUCAACGUCCGUCGAUACAUCAUACCUGGAGUAGGAAUACAGGCCACUCGUGGCCUGGCGACAAGGAGGACGCGAUUACAACUGUAACUACAAAUGCGACGCAAGACCCGCGCUUCGAAGUCGACUACGAUGAGGGAGAGGAUCCAGAGGAAUGGCCCAUGUUGAGGAAGGCUUUUGUCAUCUUCUUCAUGAGCUUUUCGACACUGGUCGUGGUUAUGUACUCGACGAGUUAUACGAGUGGGAUACCGGGCAUGAUGGAGACAUUUGGCAUACAGUCGAAGACGUUGGUCAUCUUAGGGAUAACAACCUACCUGUGUGGUCUGGCAAUUGGAUCGCUGCUCCUAGCACCACUUAGUGAGAUGUACGGCAGGAGACCCGUCUACCUGAUCGCAGUUGCCGUCUUCACGAUACUUGUUAUACCAUGCGCUCUGUCCAACAACCUAGCUCAGAUUCUCGUCAUGCGCUUCUUCGGUGCCAUUGCUGGCGCGGCCAUGAUCUCCAAUGCCCCAGGUACCGUCUCCGACAUAUCAAAAGAAGACUACCGCGCUCUGGCGUUCUCGAUCUGGUCGCUAGGGCCAAUGAACGGCCCCGUUGUUGGCCCUCUGGUAGGCGGAUUCGUUUUCCAAGCCCUAGGUUGGCGAUGGACAAACUGGGUAGUCAUGAUCGGCUCUGGUACAUCCUGGUUCAUGGUCUUUCUGAUCCCAGAAACUUAUAAACCAGCAAUUCUGCGCGCCAAAUCAGCAAAGAAGCGCAAGGAAACCUCUGAUCCACGAUACCACUCGCGCUACGAUGAGAAGAAAUCGUUCUGGCCUCUGCUACGGGAGAACCUCUACCGACCCCUUAGCAUGGCGGUCAACGAACCAAUUUGCAUCUUCUGGGACGUAUAUAUAGCAUUGGUCUAUGGAGUCUUGUAUCUGUGUUUCGUCUCUUACCCCAUCGUCUUCGGUGAGCUACGAGGUUGGUCGCCUGGACUUGUCGGACUGGGUUAUAUGGGUAUCGGUAUUGGAGGUGUCAUCACAAUCUCUGCGGAACCUCUCCUUCGCCGUAUGAUCAACAGUCAUAAGAAGGAUCCAGAGACCGGCAAGCCCUACCCAGAAGCCAUGGUCAGUGUUGUCGUCAUCGCCGCGGUUUGCGUUCCUGUCGGCGAGAUGAUCUUUGCUUGGACAUGCACACCAAACGUUCACUGGAUCUUCCCUCUUCUCGCCGGCAUACCCUUCGGUGCCGGAAACUGUGGCGUCUUCAUUUAUGCGUCUAACUACCUCGUACACUCCUAUGGCAUCUACGCCGCUUCUGCACUCGCUGGAAAUGCCGUCUUGCGCUCGGCUAUGGGUGGAGCUCUUCCGCUCGCUGGUCCCAAAAUGUACCAGAGUCUUGGCCCUCAUUGGAGUGCGACAAUGCUGUCGCUGAUCGAGUUCGCUCUUAUACCCAUCCCGGUAGUCUUCUACCUCUACGGGCACAAGAUUAGGGAAAAGAGCGCACUGAUCAGGCAAAUGAGAGAAGAUAGGGAGAGAGUAGAUGCGAAAAAGAGGAAAGCUGCUGAAAGGGUGGAGAGAGUGAAGGGCGGUAUGCUUGAUGAGAAAAAGUUAGAAGUUUGA